AUGCUUUCCUACCAUUGCAUCGUAGCAUGGGGCACUCUCCUUGCCGCGGUCACCAACGCCCAUGAAACCGAGGCAUAUCCUCCAAAUAUCACCAUUUCCAACACCACCACGUCUAUGUUCCAGCUCAGCAACGACACUGAGUUCUCAUUCAUCCUCAGCGAAUAUCUUUCCCUAGCCAACGAAGGCGGUAGCGCCACAGGGGAAGUCCUCCGAGCAGCUGCUGUGAUUGAACCCAACAAUCCCGAGAGUUGGUAUCGCGAGUUCAAGUUUCUUGCAGACAAGAUCCGUGAACAGGCUGUCGCUGCUGAGAAGAAGAAGGACUGGGUUUCUGCUCGAUCAGCCUACUUCCGGUCCUCGUCUUACUACAGGGGUGCCGACUUUUUCUUGCACGGCAAUCAGUCUGACCCUCGUAUCAACAUCCUGUGGCAGAAGCAAAACGCAAGCUUCACAAAGGCUGUUAGCCUCCUUCCAAAGCCUCCGACCUUUGUCGAGUUGAAUGCAACCAAGUUUAAUGUUCCGGCAUACUUUUACCCAGCGGAUGGUCAACUACCCGCUGGUAAACGCCUUAUGUAUGGCAAGAAGAUUCCUACAGUCAUCGUUGGGACUGGAUACGACGGGUCUCAAGAGGCUCUCUACCAUAGUAAUUGUCGUGAGAUCAUCCAGCGCGGCUGGAACUGCAUCACAUACGAAGGCCCAGGACAAGCGACAGUGCGUCGACAGCAGAAUCUAGGCUUCAUGCCUGAGUGGUGGGAGGCCGUCACCCCAGUUGUCGACUAUGUUCGCAGUCGACAUGACGUUGAUUCUGACCGAGUCGCUCUCAUUGGCAUGUCUUUUGGUGGACUACUUGCACCCUUGGCCGCGACACAUGAACAUAGAUUGGCGGCUGUGCUUGCGAUCGACGGGAUGCUCAACCUUCAACGCUCUAUCCUGGAGCAGUUCCCUCCAGCUUUGACCAAGCUCUUCCUUUCAGGUAACAGCACUGCCUUUGAUGAUGAGAUCUACAGCCUUCUCAAGAACCCCAAGAUUCCAACGGCACUCAGCUGGCCGAUCAACCAAGGAAUGUGGGCAUGA